UCUUUGUUCGCUAAUAAUAAUAAUAAUAAUGAUAAUGAUGAUGAUGGUGGUGUGAUACUUUAAUAAUCAUGUCAUGUGAACCCGAGAAUGACAAGAAGCGGUGGUAGAUUUGCUGAGGCCGCAAACAGAUCUGGUUUUUCUUCUUCUUAAUCGAUUUCUUGCAGCCAAUCAAUCGAACUUGCAAGACCAGCCGCAGAUCUACCUAACUGCGCUCGCUCUGUUCUCAUCUUCUUCGUGUUUCGACCGGAUUCCGGCGGCCAAACCAGUCGGUCUACGGGACAGGGAAGCAACCUUGAUAUCCUGCGUUUCCUCCAGAAGAAGAUUUUGACCGACGGGUGUGUGAGAGAGAGAUGGAUCAAUCGAAGAGCAGUCAGCAGCAACAGCAGCAGCCGUAUUUUGGUGUCAACAAGCUCGGGAAGAGCAUCCGGAAGAGCGCUCCCCAUUUCCACCGCCAGCCACCCACCACCGCUUCUUCUUCGCAGCAACAGCAGCCGCAUGUGUACAACAUCAACAAGCACGACUUCCGCAGCAUCGUGCAGCAGCUCACGGGCACUCCCUCCCGCGACUCCCCCGCGCCUGCGCCUGAGCAGCCGCAGUGCCCCCCUCAGCCCAGGCCCCCCAGCGUCCGUCUCCACAAGAUCCGUCCGCCGCCGCUGCCCCUCGUCCCCGCCCCCCGCUCCCCUCCCGCCUUCGCCCCCGUCCCUCCCACCCACCGGCCAUCCGGCGCCGCCACUGCGUGCGCCGAAUCCCCCAUCUCCGCUUACAUGCGCUACCUCGAGUACUCCCUCCUAAUCUCCAACACCCCCCACCAGCCCUUCCCGUCCCCGGGUGCGGACGCGCGUCAUCACCCCAAUCCCCUACCCCCUACCCCUCCAUCCGGGCUGCCGCUGCCGCCGCCGUCGCCGACCGCGUUCUUCAACCUACUCUCCCCGAAAUCACCCUUCCCGCUGCUUUCGCCAGGGUUCCAGUACCCUCCGCCGCUGACCCCUACCUUCGCUCUCUCGCCGUUGCCCCAGUCGGGGAUCCUGGGGCCUCGUCCGUUGCCGCCUUUCUCGCCGGGCUUCUCGUGGCCUCCAUCGCCCUCGGGAUUCCCUCCCAUCCCCAGCCCCAGAUGGAGGGAUCUAAUGUAGAUCUGGUGAACGAUAGAUUGUCGCACAGACAAUCGCACUCUGCUAUCGAUUCUUUGUUACAGAAACGGCAAAGAUCUCUUUGUAUCAAAUCUAUCACUUGGACUGCAAAAUCAUCGGAAAAGACAUAUAUAAAUACAAAAGAAGAAAAAUUGGAUUGUUUAUGUUGGAUUUACGUAAGCGGGUGGUCUUCCUCAUAUCCUUCGGAGACGGAAUAAUCUCCCAUCCGGUGGCCUUUACUUGUUGAUCUCCGAAUCCUAAAUGCUCGUUUGCAACUCUGUUGGUACCAUCGACAACUUUGAUGCUGAUUGUUGAUCUCCAAUUGCCUUCAAUAAAUUAAGAGUGUUUUGGCCCAGCCAGCGCCAAACAUUUUACUGGCCGGUGUUUUGGAAACUGGGACGCACCACCCCAGUAGGCCUGGGGACAACCGAGUCGUCGAGUUCCAUCGGGCGGCCGCAACAGAACGUGAAAGAACAGCGAAAGGUCCCAUCAAAAGCUUGCUGAAAUCUUGCAGAAUCUCUCGUGCUUUGUGCUCCCGGUGUUCGAUGGCGGGCCUUAAUGGUGUCCUCUCAGUUUCCCUUUAUAUGAACGCUUUCCCUGAGGAAGAAUCUACGCAGAGAAGAAAAAGAAAAUAACGAGACAGGAAUCCUUUUAUUCUUUGUGAUCUUCCGGAUUUCCUUUUCUCCGAGUGCUUGGUUUUUAGUCUGCGGUGAAGAGAAGAGCUCAAAUUGCAUUCUCAGAAUUAGCCUUUGCAGGUUGUCCAUGGAUUCAAGCCGCGGCAAGAAUUGUGAGAGUGGUGAUGCUGAGCUUUCGCCAACAGAACCUCCUGCAUCCGCUGAGAAAAAUGAAAUCGUGCCGCUCUCGGGAAAACCAUUCCUCACUUUCGUGGUUUCAUGGAGUCAUGUGCAUGACCCUUACCAAGUAUUGUUUCCGAAGAGGUUUUAUCCAUUUCUUCCAGCCACUUGUGUCCCUGUAACACUGUCCUACGGGAAUAGGACAUGGAAGAUGAAGUAUAGCUGCAAAGGGAUCCUGAGGCGACUGUGCUCUGGGUGGAAGAACUUUGCCUUGGAUACUGAUCUCAAGGUUGGAGAUGGUUGUGUCUUGGAACUCAUGGACAGUAAUAAUAUACUGUUCAAAGUGCAGAUCCUUCGUCGGGGAGUCGUGCCGGUUAAGCGCGACAAAGGUCUAAGCUGUGAUGCUCCGAUCUCGAUCGACUAGAAAGAUACGCUGUGAUGCUCCGAUCUCGUAAGCUUAGCUUAUCUUGUGAAUAGAAGAUGCCUCAGACGUGCUUCCUCUC